UCACUCACAUAUAAUUUAAGCAAUAAAAAUAAAAAAGUAACAAAAAAUUAAAAGUUAGAAAAACGUUGGUAAAAAGUCACAUACCCAGUAGUUGCUGUAAGAAAAAGAGAAGCUUCCCUUACUUCCCCAGGAUAAAAUUUAAUUCGCAUUUGAAAGCACUUCGCACGCAGAACAAAGAAGCAAAGAUUCCCUCACAGCACUCACAAAUAUACAUUCACAACACGUUCAAUCACGCAACGCCACCACUCGCUAUUGUAAAAGAUCUUAAACCGUCCAAAGUCAAAGUCAAAACCAAAGCCAUACGCUUAAGAAUAAACGCUUGAAAGUGUUGUCCUAUAUCUAUAAAACGCUAUAAGGCGAUCGAGUGCCCAUCACUGUAUCACUUGUCAAGAAAGGAAUUCCAAUGCAAUUUUUUUUUAUAAAUAUCCGAUAAGACUCUUCGAAUAAUUGACUGAUCCCGUCUUCUAUUUGAUAACGAACAACAACAAAUUUACACGUAAUAUAUACCAAAGCCAGCAUUUAAAAACGAGGUGGCUUUCUGCUGUUUUACAACCGCUUGGACACAUCCUAACAAAUUUUCGUGUACAUAUCCUUUACAUUACGUAAGCACUAUAAUCAAAGAAAUUCAAUGGGAUCAACUUGUGAUCGGUCAUUUACACAAUUUAUGUGGAAGCUGUGCUUGCUCUUGGCGUGUUGUACAAUAACGCUCACACUGGCCGCCGAUGAUGAAAGUUUUAGUAAUUCAACAAUGUUAAAGCGUCUUCAUGAGGACGACUAUGACGACGGUAUGCUGAUGGUUGCAUCACGUGGAAUUGAAAACAAUGACGUUGAUGAGGAGGGCGUCUGUCCGGACGGUCUAAUGGUGGCUGCAUGGAAACCGCAAAAAAAUUUAUCAACUGGCGAUCGAGUUGCACGGGGCCUUGUUUACUUUUUCGUUAUGAUCUACUUGUUCAUAGGCGUUUCAAUUGUGUCCGAUCGCUUUAUGGCGGCAAUUGAAGUGAUCACGUCCAAGGAGAAAGAAGUUAUUAUUAAGAAGAAGAAUGGUGAAAAACAAAUUGUGGUGGUGCGAGUGUGGAAUGAGACCGUUGCCAAUCUCACCCUUAUGGCUUUGGGCAGCAGUGCGCCUGAGAUAUUGCUUUCGAUAAUUGAAAUGUUUGCAAAGAAAUUCCAAGCUGGCGAUCUGGGCCCAGGUACAAUAGUAGGUUCUGCAGCAUAUAAUUUAUUUGUCAUCAUUGCAUUGUGCAUUGUGGUGAUUCCGAAUGGCGAGGUCCGCAAGAUCAAGCAUUUGCGUGUGUUUUUUGUAACUGCAACGUGGUCGGUGUUCGCAUAUAUAUGGCUGUAUUUGAUUUUGGCUCAGAUAUCUCCAGGUCGUGUCGAGGUAUGGGAAGGCCUACUAACAUUCAUGUUUUUUCCUGCCACCGUACUGACAGCAUAUAUAGCCGAUCGUCGUCUAUUGAUAUUUAAGUAUUUAGAUAAAAAUUAUCGGAUGAACAAGCGUGGCGUUAUUGUGAGUGCCGAGGGCGACGCAGCUCUCGAAAUGGAUCAGCAGCAGCAAACCGAUAAAUUAGCUGCAGACAGUGAUGAAAUGAGAGAAUUCGAUGAGGCGCGACGUGAAUACAUUUCUUUGCUAAAGGAGUUACGCGCCAAAUAUCCACAAAGUGAUCUGGAGCAAUUAGAAAUGAUUGCACAAGAACAAAUGAUUAAUCGAGGCCCCAAAUCCAGGGCUUUUUAUCGUAUACAAGCAACAAGAAGAAUGGUCGGCAGCGGUAAUAUUAUGCGUAAAAUACAAGAGCGGGCUCAAAGCGAUCUAAAUGAGAUAAAAGCUCAAUUGCAGCGAGUCGAUGUUAAUGUUGAAGAAGAUGAAGCCAUAUUGCGCGUGUUCUUCGACCCCGGCCAUUACACGGUAAUGGAAAGUUGCGGUGAAUUCGAAGUACGCGUAGUGAGACGGGGUGAUUUAUCUGGUUAUACGACGGUUGAAUACGAAACGGAAGACGGUAGUGCUGAGGCUGGUAGUGAUUAUGUGGGUAAAAAAGGUGUACUCAAUUUUCCACCCGGUGUGGAUGAGCAACGAUUCAAAAUUGAAAUUAUUGAUGACGACGUUUUUGAACAAGACGAACAUUUCUAUAUACGGUUAAGUAAUGCCUCAGAUCCGGCUGUGUUAGCGGUACCCAAAGUUGCUACAGUGAUGAUUCUUGAUGAUGAUCACGCUGGCAUUUUUGCAAUUACACAAUCUUCACAUGAACUCACUGAAUCGGUUGGUGUCUACGAGGUUAAAGUGCAACGUUAUUCGGGUGCGCGCGGUAAAGUCCUCCUUCCUUACUGGACGGAAGAUGGGACUGCCAAAGCAGGCAAAGAUUAUGAGCCGCAAGAAGGUCAACUUGUUUUUGAAAAUAACGAAACUGAAAAGAAUAUUGCUGUUGGCAUUAUUGAAGAAGGCAGUUAUGAAAAAGAUGUCGUUUUUUAUGUUAACAUUGGCGAACCAACCUUGGCUCCAGAUAAUACAUCUAAUAAAAGGGAUGCAUUUAAAUUUUUUAACAAAUUCUUUGACGAUGAAUUGGCAGGACUUAUACAAGCGGCUGAGCAAAAAUCACCCGAAGAUCUAACUGAAGAAGACAAAAUGGCUUUAUUGGGCCGUCCUAAAGCUGGUGAAACAACACGUGCGUUACUGCGCAUCAUUGAAAGUAAGGAGUUUAAGAAUACUAUAGACAAAUUAGUGCAGCGAGCAAAUGCAUCCAUGGUACUUGGUACGUCUUCGUGGAAAGAACAGUUCGUAGAGGCACUUACAGUGACAUCAGCAGAAGAUGGGGGAGAAGAAGAAGGGGAAGAGCCCACACCAACGUGUGCGAAUUACGUAAUGCAUUUUAUUACUUUAUUCUGGAAAAUAUUAUUUGCAUUCGUCCCACCAACAGAAAUUGCCGGUGGUUAUUUGUGUUUUUUUGUCUCAAUAUGUGCCAUUGGCGUUGUUACAGCCAUUAUCGGGGACGUAGCAGGACAUUUUGGAUGUACGUUGGGCAUUAAAGAUGCUGUCACUGCCAUUUGUUUCGUUGCUCUUGGCACCAGUAUACCAGAUACUUUUGCCAGCAAAGUAGCUGCCAUACAGGACAAAUACGCUGAUGCGAGCGUUGGCAAUGUAACCGGCAGUAAUGCCGUAAAUGUCUUCCUAGGUAUUGGAGUAGCGUGGACUGUGGCUGCUAUUUACCAUGAAGCGCAAGGUCAAGUAUUUGCCGUGCAACCCGGAACUUUGGCAUUUUCCGUGACGUUGUUCUGUUCGGAAGCCUUUAUAGCGAUUUUAAUAUUAAUGCUAAGACGAAGUAAAUCAGUUGGUGCUGAAUUGGGCGGCCCGGUAACGAUUAAGUACAUUAGCGGUUUCUUUUUGUUUAGUCUAUGGCUUAUCUACAUAAUUGUGAGCAGUUUGGAAGCUUAUGGAAUCAUUAAAGGAUUUUAAAUAAUAAAAAACACAAAAAAAAAGAAAAAAACUCAACGAAACAGUUAAGCAACUAAUUAAAACGGCACUGUAUGAAAACUACCACAAACAUAAGUUAAAUGAAAAUUUAGUAAAUUAAUUAA